AUGAAGUUUGGGCGCAACCUACCCCGUAAUCAAGUCCCUGAAUGGGAUAGCAACUACAUCAACUACAAGGGCCUGAAGAAAUUGAUCAAAAAUGCUUCCGAUGGUACCCAGCAAGAUGGCGGUGAACCCGACUUGGCUGGUUUUUUCCACUCCCUCGAUCGCAAUCUCGAAGAUGUCGACUAUUUCUACAACAAGAAAUUUCAUGAUUUCUCCCGUAGGCUGAAACUACUCGAUGACCGCUAUGGCUUUGCCCUGCAUGCCGCGAAAGACUUUGAUGCGGAUGAAAUCCAGGAUCUACUAGCCGCUCUCCUCGAGCUGAGAGGCCAGAUGAGGAAGCUCCAAUGGUAUGGAGAAGUCAACAGACGGGGGUUCAUCAAGAUCACCAAGAAACUGGACAAGAAGAUUGCUGGAGCCCAUGCCCAAAAGAAAUACCUCGAGCUCAAAGUCGACCCGGCGCCCUUUGCAACUAAUGCGCAGCUACUCCAAUCCCUUGCAAGAGUCAAUGAUUGGAUCUCGGUCCUGACCGAGGUCUCGGCUUCGACAAAAUCUGACGACAACACCUCCAUCGCAUCUGGCUCACUGAAGCGUACUACAUCCCGUCCCUCAUUGGAAAUCUCGCCCGAGCAGAUUACGGCCCUUGAGACCUACCUCCGGACAGACAACGCCGAAAAACUCGAGAUAUUCAUAGUAGAUGCGCAAAAAAGCCUGUCCAAGAGUUGCGAGCCAGCUUUCCAGGCAUUUUUGAAGACCCUGCUCCACAAGUCAAUCUCCGUACGAGGACGAGAAUGCACCGCUGUGCUUCUCCGGAAUAUUGUUUUUCUUGACGAGCCAGAUGACUUGAAUCGCAGGAAUUGCAUUCAUAGACUCAUCAUUUCGAUCUGUAAAGCACAUACAGCUGCAGAGAAGGAGGCUGCCGGAUCAGAUGCUCUUGAUCUCGAAGACGAGAGCCAGGACUUCAUUGUUCCAGCGGCGGCACCAUCCAAGCCUUUCAAACGCGCAGUGCCUAAUGAGGAUAAGCAUUUCAAGACGCUGACGCGAGAGGACGAUCCGAGCCUGUUCCUUGUCUUCCUCCUCGACAGUCUCCAACCUACUCAACGAUCAGGUUUGAUGGCUCGAGACAACGCCGGACGGACUCCUUUGCACCAUGCUGCAGAAUUUGGUGUUCGAGCUCUGUGUGAGAUUAUUGUUGAACACCUGCAGUUAUGGAAGAUGUUUGAUGUUAGGCAGGGUAUUGACGGCCCCAAUUGGCACGAUGAGGAAGGAUGGGCCCCCCUGCACCUGAGCGUCAUUGGCGGUCACCCCCGAACCACGCAGUACCUCCUGGACUCUGAAAAUUGGCAAAAGGCUGGCAAACCCGCUACUGUCCGUCGCAGUUCACCCAAGUCCUCCGCCGUGCUAGCUCUGGCGACGAAGUCCAACUAUAUUGAAGUUGUCCGCAUCCUAGUCAAGGCCGGCGUUGACAUCAAUUACCAGGACGAGCAGGGCGAAACAGCACUGCACGUCGCUGCCAGAUUCGGCCAUGCUGAUUGCGCCCGUUUGCUACUCGCCGGGUCUGACGCGCAAGUUGUGAAUACGGAAAUGGCGGAGCUCACCUACUCUUGGACUCCUCUAUUCAUUGCCUGUGUCGAUGGUCAUUUCCCCAUUGUCGAGUUGUUGCUUGAUGCUAACGCGGACGUGGACCGGGUGGAUUCCUCCGGCUGGACUGCUAAAGAGCAUGCGGCCUUGCGUGGUCAUGUAGACAUUGCCGCCCGACUUGAUGAGUUGACUUCAACAUCUGAACAAGACUCUCUAGCGACUUCAACGUCAACAUCACCACCAAUUUCGACCUCCUUAAACGACAGGAAUUCGAACGGCUUGGGAGCAGCAAUGCCUGCAACUAAGGUCACUGAAUCCGUCAAAACUUUUGGUCACAGAUACUUGACUGACAAAUCUAUGAUUUUGGUGUCUCUUGGAUCCAUGGAUGCCCGCCGCAAUGUCAGGCCUGUCAACCUUGAUCGAAUUCCUCUGGCCAAUGCGCACUCUACUCAACUCGAUACUGCUUUGUCAAUCGUGGUCUCUGCCAAAGGAGCAGAUGGUGAGCCUGAGGUUUUUGAUCUUCCUGUUCAAGAUAACGUCUCGACCGAGCCGAUCGUCUUCCUGUCGUCUGAAACAGACAAAGUGAAGAUAUAUUUUGACCUCGUCCCAACAUACUCGGGCUCCCGCGAUAGAGUCGUCGGACGUGGCGUAGCGCUCUUGUCAAGCCUCAAGACCCAUCUUGGUAGCAGCAAGAUGCCAUUGAAGGGUGACCUGACUGUGCCAAUCGUGGCCCAAGCUGAUAUGGAAGUUAUCGGUACGGUCACGUUCAACUACCUCAUCAUCAACCCUUUCAAGCAUCCCAAUAUGGCGCUGAGCGAGAACAAGACGUACUGGAAGAGUAUGGCUUCGACGAUGGUGAUCGGGCACCGUGGGCUCGGCAAAAAUUUCGCUGCCGGAAGAAGAUCAUUGCAGUUGGGCGAGAACACGAUACAGUCCUUCAUUGCAGCAGCCAAUCUCGGCGCCUCGUAUGUCGAGUUCGAUGUCCAAUUGACUAAAGACCACGUGCCGGUCAUCUACCACGACUUCCUUGUGAGUGAGACUGGCAUUGACGCUCCAGUACACACCUUGACUUUAGAGCAAUUUUUGCAUGUGAACGAUAUGCGGACACCGCGUCAUUCGAGACCGGCGUCCCCUAUCACCUUCGACAACGGUACCAAAGCCAACACGCCUUAUACAGAUUAUCGCAAGGGAUCUCGACUUCGGUCUAUGUCUAUGGGCGGUCCUUCAGAGUCUGUGGAGAUGGACGAACGUAUGAAGCACACGAGAGAUUUCAAGAAAAAGGGUUUCAAAGGUAACUCCCGUGGAAACCACAUUCAGGCACCGUUCACCACGCUGGAGGAGAUGUUUCGCAAGUUGCCCAAGGAGACUGGCUUCAAUAUCGAGAUGAAGUAUCCCAUGCUAUUCGAGAGCGUCGACGAGGAUAUGGACACUUACGCGGUGGAACUCAACUCGUUCGUUGAUACUGUGCUGAAAAUGGUAUACGACCUUGGCAAAGGGAGGAACAUCAUCUUUUCGAGCUUUCACCCCGACAUCUGCCUACUGCUGUCUUUCAAACAGCCAAACAUUCCAGUGCUGUUCCUCACUGAUGCGGGCAGUUGCGAAGUAGGAGACAUUCGAGCCAGCAGUCUUCAGGAGGCCAUUCGCUUCGCCAGCAGAUGGAACCUCCUUGGUGUUGUCAGCGCGGCUGCGCCACUGGUAUAUGCUCCACGCCUUGUUCGUGUGGUCAAGGAGAGCGGGCUUGUAUGCGUCAGCUACGGUGUCUUCAACAAUGACCCCGAAAAGGUAGCUUUGCAGGUGAAACAGGGCAUUGAUGCCGUUAUCGUUGACAGCGUCUUGGCCAUUCGACGUGGCUUGACUGGGGAUGGCAAGCCGUUGGCCAACGGCUCCAGUCCAAAGCCUUCCCGUCUUCCACAAUCCUUAACUGGCAGCACUCACAGUCUAGAGAUACCCGACACCUCGGAACCUCUGAAUAUGAGCCUGGAUGACCACAUCGGGAACGGAGAAAAGAGCGAAGUUUUGGUGAAGAAUGACAAGAACUCAGGAGUGAAUGGGGCAUAG